AUGAUCAUUGUUUCUCCUUCAAAUUCGAGGCGUUUCCUUCAUAUCUCCUGUGCAUUAGUUUCAAGGCGUUGGAUUUCCAAUGGCUACAGCUGCCACACCCUGUUUAAACCAUAUACACUCAAUGAAGCUUUUGAUCACUUCGAUCAUCUUCUACGAGGAUGCACCAACUCCAGACAAUUCAAACAAGUACAUGCUCAAAUCGUGCUAUUGGGUGGCUUGUCAACUGCGUUCUUGUCAUCUACGCUCGUAUCUGUCUAUGGAAGAUUCCAACGUCUCUGUGAUGCUCAAAGAGUUUUUGAAGCUGUCCCAACUGAAUGCCUUUUAAGAAAUACGAUUAUUUGGAAUUCGAUGUUAAGAGCUAAUGUCAUGAAUGGUCAUUGUCGAGAAACCCUUGAGGUUUAUACCCGCAUGAGGCAUCUUGGCGUUUUAGCUGAUGAGUUUAGUUUUCCUUUGGUAGUGAGAGCUUGCGCUAAGAUGGGCAACCGAUAUUCAUGCGCUUUAGUUCAUUGCCAUGCUUUACGAACAGGAUUUCACGAUAACCUUCACGUUGCAAAUGAAUUGUUGGCAGCGUAUGGCAGACUUGGGCAAAUGGCCCUUGCAAACCAACUGUUCGAUGAAAUGCUUGUUAGAAACCACAUCUCUUGGAACACUAUGGUCUCCGGCUUUGCUUUCAAUAAUAACUCCAAUGGCGCUCUGAAUAUCUUUCAAAGGAUGGAACUUGAUGGAUGGGAGCCUGACCUUGUGACAUGGACUUCUUUGUUGUCUAGUCAUUCUAGAUGUGGUCACCAUCAGGAAACAUUGAGAUUAUACAAUGUAAUGAGAAGUAAAGGCAUCAAAGCAACUGCUGAAUCACUUGCUGUGGUUGUAUCUGUAUGUAAUGAUCCUAAUAAGGGUAGGGAGCUUCAUGGGUAUGUCAUAAGGGCUGGUCUUGAAAACUAUUCAUUUGCUAAAAACUCUCUUCUAUGCAUGUAUGGAAGACACAGUUUUUUACAAGCUGCUGAAUGUCUUUUUUCAGAGAUUGAAACAAAGAGUUUAGAAAGUUGGAAUGGUUUGAUUUCAUCAUAUACUCAACUUGGUCUAUGUGAUGAGGCUUUCUCUACGUUCUUAGAGUUGAAAAAAUCAGAAGGAAAUAUCACACCUAAUGUAAUAACCUGGAGUGAUAUUAUAAGUGGAUUUGCUUCUAAGGGUAGACAUGAAGAAUCUUUAAAACUCUUCAGGCAAAUGCAAGUUGAAAAAGUGAGGCCUAAUGUGGUAACAAUAUCCACCAUGUUAUCAAUUUGUGCAGAUUUAUCUACAAUUGUUUAUGGUAAGGAAAUACAUUGUCAUGCUAUUAGAGGGUUAAUUGAUGAUAAUUUAUUAGUUGGAAACGGGUUGAUAAAUGUUUAUUCCAAAUGUGGUAGCCUGAAAGAAGGGCAUAUAGUAUUCAAGCACAUAGUAAACAAGGAUUUAUGCUCAUGGAACACCAUGAUUAAAGGAUAUGGGAUGCAUGGAUUUGGUGAGAGUGCUUUAAAAACAUUCAAACAAAUGGUCAAUGACGGAUAUACCCCUGAUGGGGUCACUUUCGUUUCGUUACUUUCUGCAUGUAGCCAUGCAGGGCUUGUUAGUGAGGGGCAUGAGAUAUUUAAAAAAAUGAAAAAUGAAUUUGGGAUUGAACCAGAGAUUGAGCAUUACACAUGUAUGGUUGACCUUCUUGGACGUGGUGGACUUUUUCAAGAAGCAAGUGAAGUUGUGAAGAAGAUGAAGAUUGAACCUAAUGUAUGUGUUUGGGGUGCUCUUUUGAACUCAAGUAGAAUACAAAUGCAAAUGCAAAUGCAAAAGCAAAAGAAGAUAGAUUGGGAUGAUGGGUGUGUUGAAAAGAUACUCAAGGGUAGUUUUAGAAGUGGGAAUUAUAUGUUGGUUUCGAAUAUGUAUGCUGGAAGUGGUAGAUGGGAGGAGUCUGCAAAAGUGAGAGUGUCAGCUAGGGCACAGGGUUUGACCAAAACUCCAGGUCAAAGCUGGAUUGAAUUAAACAAAAAAGUGUGUAUUUUUACAGCUGGGGAGUUUGUGGAAAGUGAGAUGAAGGAAGUUGAGAUGGUGAUCAAGAUUUUGAGUUUUGAAAUGAAGAUGAAGGAAGGGUAUAUUUGGCAUUUGGGCUUUGAAUGA